AUGAAUCUACAGAAAUUACAAACACAGAGAGAGGGCCACCGACGUUUCGUUGACAGAUAUCUCAUCAAAAUUGAGCAGGCGAAGGAGAAUUCGUCAUUACUGGAGUUUAACGCUAUUCUAGAGUCAGUUGAAGCCAAGGUACAAAUACUAGAGACACUUAACGAGAAAAUACUUUCAAACACAGCAAUCGAGUGUAUAGAAGACGAGAUAUUCCAAGCAGAAGAGUAUUCACUACAGCUGGAGAUAAAGUUGCGUCAACUCAGAGAAUUCCGAAAUCAACAAGAGAAGUUUUCUACAACGUCACUUCCCCGAGAAGAUCAGCAAACAUCAAGAGAAAUACAUGAUCAGGAGAAUUCUAGAGAGUCAGGUGAUCAGCAAAGUUUACGGGAGAGAGAUGGACAGCGAAAUGGUAACGCCUCAAACUCAGAAGAUAGGUAUUUCAACGACAGAAAUGUGAGUAAUAAUUCGUAUAAUCAAUUUUACAGAUUACCUAAAAUUUCCCUGCCAACAUUCAAUGGCGAUAUAUUAACAUGGCAAUCAUUCUGGGAUUCUUAUGAGUCUACCAUACAUAUGAACAAUAACCUUACCGAUGUGCAAAAGUUUAGUUACUUGAAAUCACAACUUGAAGGAAAAGCAGCACAAGUGAUUGAAGGAUUCGCCAUGACAAAUGUUAACUACAUCCGGGCUGUUGAUCUACUCAAAGAAAGAUUCGGACAGCAACAUAAGAUAAUGCACGUAGCCAUGCAAUCCUUGUUGAAAUUACCUGCCCCGUCAAACAGAGUUACUAGUUUGAGAAACUUUUAUGAUAAAAUGGAGACAUUCAUACGUAGUUUAGAAGCCAUGGGACAGUGUCAAGAAAGUUAUGGUAGCUUGUUAGUGCCUGUUGUGUUAGAAAAAUUACCAAGUGAAAUUAGAAAACAGCUAGCCCGCGAAAACGUUGAAAAUAACUGGCGACUAGAAGAUCUACGAGCUUCUAUCAAUCGAGAAAUCUGUAUCAUGGAGGCUGGUACGGCGCGCAGUGAACCGGAAGUCGACGACUGCGAGGCUACAGCAGCGUUUUCCAUGACAGCAAAAUCUAAAAGAAAACCACAACAUCUCGCGCAAUCAUCAUUCGGAAGGUCUAAUCGUAGAGAUGAUAUUAAGUGUGCAUUCUGUGAACAAGGACACAAAUCUGUUGAAUGUAAAACUCACUGUGAUACUAAUUCAAGACUUGACAUCGUGAAACAGAACCGCUUGUGUUUUAAUUGUUUAAGAAAACAUCCCGUCGCUAAAUGUAAUUCGAUCAAGAGAUGCCAAAUUUGUAACCGGAAACACCAUACGGCAAUUUGCAGCAGACGACAAACAGCUCAGCAGCCGAAUUCAUCCCCAACAGAAAUUACGCAGACACCGGAAGCUGGAGUAUUUCAUUCAUCAGCAGGUCUACACGGUAAAGGAGUCUUGUUGAAAACAGCCAUAGCAACCGUUUCGUCAACUAAAGUACAGCUAUAUACCAACAUACUGUUCGAUGAAGGUUCACAUAAAUCCUUUAUUACGGAAAGUUUAGCAGAAGAACUUGAACUCACCAGAAACGGCACAGAGACAAUAUAUUUGUCAUCCUUCGGCUCUGCUAGUAACAAGAUAAUGCAAGUAGACACAGCAACAGUUUACCUAGUAACAGACGAAUGUCAGAAAAUACCAGUCAAAGUCCUGAUUGUACCUACAAUAUCAACGCCUAUCAACAACAGAUUACAGAAUACAGCUUCAAAAUUACCAUACCUUCGUGGAUUAAAACUUGCUCACCCGGUGACAGAAGACAAUAACUUCACCAUUUCUAUGCUUAUAGGUGCAGACUUUUAUUGGGACAUAGUAGAAGACCGUAUAAUACGUGGAGAGGGACCUACAGCUGUCAAGUCGAAGAUAGGUUACUUGUUAUCUGGACCAGUCCCAGCCGAGAGCGCGCACAGUACAAAUCACGUCUGCAAUGUAAAUACGUUACACUUUUCUCCAGACAUGCUUGAACGAUUUUGGAGCCUAGAAAGUAUGGGGAUUACACAGACUACUGAAGACAACGACAAAUCAGAUUACUUUAAAAAUUAUCAGCAAUCGUGCAUAGAAUUCAAAGAUAGCAGAUAUUCGGCUAAGUUACCAUGGAAACUAGAACAUCCGCCGUUGCCAACUAACUAUGAGGUAACUAAGAAGAGGACAGAAAACACCAUAAGAAGACUACAGAGAGACCCGUAUCUACUACAAAAAUACGACGACAUAAUUACAGAGCAGGAACGCAGAGGUUUUAUAGAAAAAGUCAUUACUGAUACCCCACCCACCGGACAAGUCCAUUAUAUACCCCACCACCCAGUCAAAAAGGAAUCUUCAACUACACCAAUUCGGAUCGUGUACGACUGUAGCUGUCGACAGUCACCUUACUUACCUAGCUUAAAUGAUUGCCUGGAAUCGACCCCGCCGAUACUUAACGACCUUUCCAACAUACUAGUCAGAUUUCGUCUCCACAAAUACGCUGUUACAGCAGACAUAGAAAAAGCCUUUUUACAUGUAGGACUGGACGAAAGAGAUAGAGAUGCUACUCGAUUUUUUGGUCUGGUGACAUUCUAA